AUGACGAACAGCCGCCAUAUUGAGCUUCAUCGAUCGAAUCGGAACUUUAGUCCACGCAUAGUUGCUUUACCACAAUGUCAUUUUGAUGGCAGUUUGCUGAGAGCGUUUGUGCCUGGCUCCAGGGCCCAGAGGUGGGGUACCGCCGGAGCCUGUUGGACCCUAGACACGGGGCACAAAACGGAGGACAGAACGCUGGGACAUAAUACUCCGCCCGGACUAGUUGACGCUGGUGCCGGCAAGCCUCAAUUGUCUGCCUGGCUGCUAGUGCCAAUUCAUCUGACAGGAGCUGUGGUGGCUGGACAAUGUCUUUAUAUCUUGCCUAAAUACUGGUUUAGAUUCGCCUAUUGA